UUGGCAGGAAUGUAAACACCGCUAGGGGCCCAAAAAGAAACAGCCCGUCCGUUCGCAUUAGUUUUAGUAGCUUAUUUUAAUUGAUUUUCCCCCGUUUUCGCGCAUCCGGGGCAUAGUUACAAGCUCAACCGUGCCACAGCAUGGUUCUUUCUCGCGGACUCAUUGGCGUGAAUCGGGUUAGCUGGUGGUAUGUUGCCGUUUGGGUCGCACUACAACAGAUUGACCUGGGUGCCCAUGGACAGCGCAUGAAGGAUAAUAUGUACACGCCGGUGAAUGGGGCGCAUUGCUUUCGCCGCCUCAACGGAACGCACGUAACCGGCUGCAGCUCAAGCAAUGGUGGAUCGGUGGGAGUGUUGCAUUUAAUCAACAGCAAAGCGGACAUUGAUUUCAUCGUACAGAAGCAUCCUUCGCCGCCGUACGCGCCCAUCGUACCGCCCGCCCUAUACACGCGCGAGAACAUCCUCCGGCUGCGCGAUGAGGCCGGCCCGUACGUGUCCGCGCUGGUGCUGAUGAACAAUGCCAGCGGGCUGGAGCAGUUCAGCCAGGAGUCGCGCUGCCCCAACCAGUACAGUGGGCUGGCGGCGGGCCAACAACAGCAGCGGUGCAGCGUGGACCGGGCCGAGGACAGCUGGAACCCGUGGGGCAGCGGUUUGCUGCUGGAGGACUUUCCCUUCCCCAUCUUCUACGUGGCGGGCGUGUCCGAGAUGGAGAAGCUGCUCGAUUGCUACGAAAAGUUUAACGCGCACGAUCUGGAGAACCAGCACCAGCGCAGCCUGUGCGCGAUCGAGGUGAAAGCGUUCAUGUCGGCCGCCGUCAGCACGGACAUCUGCAUGCGGCGCUCCAACUCGUACAAUUCGCUCAUCCCCGCCACCAAGUUCUGCGAUCCGCUGCAGGGGAAGAACGUGUACGCGACGCUCUUCCCGCGCCCGAUCGUGCCCGAGGAGCAGCGGGUCGAGGGACCGGAGCGGAUAGUGCUCGUGUCGACGCGCACCGACACCACCACCAUGUUCGACGGCGUGGGGCUCGGGGCGAUGGAUUCGGUCGUCCCGUUCGCCGUGCUCGUGGCCGUCGCCCACUUCCUCUCCCAAGCGCUGCCCAGCAACGAUCGGAAUGUGCUGUUUCUGUUCUUCAACGGCGAGUCGUACGAUUACAUCGGCUCGCAGCGCUUCGUGUACGAUCUGCAGACGGGCGCGUUUCCUUCGCGCGGCACCCAAACCAAACCGAUCUCGAUGGACAACAUCGAGCUGAUGAUCGAUCUGGGCGCGCUAGACAAUCUGACCGACCUGCACGUGUACCACGCGGCGCCACAACCGAUGGCGACCAAGGUGGCGGAGCUGCUGCGCAAAAUCAAUCAACAGUUCGGGUUCGGCAUCCAGGCAGGGCAGCCGGUGAUGACGACCAAUCUGCCCCCGGUGUCGGCCCAAUCGUUCCUGCGGGAAAACAUCACCUUCCCGGCGGUGAUCAUUGCCUCGCGGCCGGCCAAUCGGUUUUACCACUCCAUCUACGACGACCAGGAGAACCUGCACUACCGCUACGGCAACCAUUCGCGCAAGUACGACUUUACGCAGCUGGAGGACCUGGAUCUGGGCGACCGGAGCGACCUGUACGGGAAGGAUUCGAUUCAGAUGCGCAUACGCAACGCGUCCACGCUGAUCGGCAUGAGCAUCUACGAGCUGCUGACGGGGCGCGCGUACGGACAGCGCAACGGCACCAACAGUGUGCUGAUCGACGAGUUCCUGCACUGCUUCCUCGAGUCGGCCGACUGUCCGCUGUUCCGGGCGACGGUGAAACCGGACACGCCGCACGUCUACCCAGCACCGCCCUCCCGGUACAUUAGCGUGCACACGACGCUGACGUCCGAUGCGACGGGCUGGACGUACCGGGUGCUUGGUUUGCUGCUCGGGCAGAAGGUGGAGAACGCGACCAAGGCGAACUGUUCCGCCCUGCACCUGCCGUACCAGUGGAUGGCCGGGUACGGUGGGGCGGGCGAGUGCCGCCGGACAACGCAAAACAUGAGCCUGGCCCUGUCGCCCGCCUUCAUGAACGAAACGUACGACUUUACCUCCUACCGCUACUCGACCUGGACCGAGUCGACGUGGUCGGAGAUGUCGGCGCGCAUUUUCCUGCGACCAUCGCCCGCCCACGAAACGCUCACGCUGUCCAUUGGCAUCGUGGUGAUGGUGAUAUCGUUCGUGCUGGUGUUUCUCAUCAACAGCCGGUCGGACGUGCUGUUCAAUCAGGGUUCCACCUCGUCGAUACCCAUUGCCACACAGCCGACACAAUGUUGAAUGGGGUGAGGGAAAAGAUUCGUCCGGCCCGACAUUCUAUCGGAGCAGCAAUGGUGAUAUGAUCGAACGGACGCUACCAAAAAGACGGUGCAGCACAUUAUCAUCACUACGUUGGGUUCGGUGAUACAAGUUCGUUCGUUGUGGUUCCCCAAAAUUCACCCCACACGCCCCGUGUUGUUCGUUGUUGCCCGUCUGUCCACAUCACCCACUAGGCAAUCUUACAAUUCCAUCAGACUUUAGCUUACUUAAACAAAGCAAACUAAUGAUAAAAAAAAACAUUGUCCGUAACAUAAUGUCGUAAUACAAUUGAUAUUUAUAACAUUCGUA